GUGCAUGCAUCUUUCACACUGUCUGGCGGCAUCAGUAGAGUAGCUUCGAUUAAAAACCACUGCGUUAGAAAACCUACAACAGAUAAUAUUUUAUACCACUAAAAAAAUGCGUGAAAUUGUCCAUCUCCAAGCUGGCCAAUGCGGCAACCAGAUCGGAGCCAAGUUUUGGGAAGUAAUAUCAGAUGAGCAUGGCAUCGACCCAACUGGCUCGUACCACGGCGAUUCAGACCUGCAAUUGGAGAGAAUCAACGUGUAUUACAAUGAAGCCACCGGAGGCAAGUACGUACCCCGUGCCGUGCUGGUGGACUUGGAGCCAGGCACUAUGGACUCGGUCCGCUCCGGACCAUUCGGUCAGAUCUUCAGGCCGGACAACUUCGUCUUCGGACAGAGCGGAGCUGGCAACAACUGGGCCAAGGGUCACUACACAGAAGGAGCUGAGCUUGUAGAUUCUGUUCUUGAUGUUGUACGCAAGGAAGCAGAAGGAUGCGAUUGCCUUCAGGGGUUCCAACUGACUCACUCUCUUGGAGGUGGUACUGGAUCAGGCAUGGGAACACUACUCAUCAGUAAGAUCCGUGAAGAGUACCCAGACCGCAUCAUGAACACAUUCAGUGUUGUACCAUCACCCAAAGUAUCAGACACCGUCGUGGAACCCUACAACGCCACCCUCUCUGUCCACCAGCUCGUCGAGAACACAGAUGAGACAUUCUGCAUCGACAACGAGGCACUCUACGACAUCUGCUUCCGCACUCUCAAGCUGACCACUCCAACAUACGGGGAUCUCAAUCACUUGGUAUCAGCCACCAUGAGUGGUAUUACCACCUGCCUAAGGUUCCCCGGCCAACUCAAUGCUGAUCUGCGCAAGCUGGCUGUCAACAUGGUCCCCUUCCCCCGUCUUCACUUCUUCAUCCCCGGCUUUGCUCCCCUGACCAGCAGAGGCAGCCAGCAGUACCGUGCCCUGACUGUUCCAGAGCUGACCCAGCAGAUGUUCGACGCCAAGAACAUGAUGGCUGCCUGUGACCCGCGUCAUGGCCGCUACCUGACCGUGGCUGCUAUCUUCCGUGGACGCAUGUCCAUGAAGGAGGUUGACGAGCAGAUGCUGAACGUCCAGAACAAGAACAGCAGCUACUUCGUCGAAUGGAUUCCAAACAACGUCAAGACUGCCGUCUGCGACAUCCCACCACGUGGACUCAAGAUGGCCGCUACCUUCAUCGGCAACAGCACCGCCAUCCAGGAGCUGUUCAAGCGCAUCUCAGAGCAGUUCACUGCUAUGUUCAGGCGUAAGGCUUUCUUGCAUUGGUACACUGGUGAGGGUAUGGAUGAGAUGGAGUUCACCGAGGCUGAGAGCAACAUGAACGACUUGGUGUCCGAGUACCAGCAGUACCAAGACGCCGUGGCCGAAGAAGAGGCAGAGUUCGACGAGGAGGAGGAAGGUGAUGCCGAGGCUUAAUACAACAGCGUCAAUUUAAUACUAAGGCUCUUUUCGAAACCACGGCUUCGGCUACAGAUUCGGCCCAGGCUAAGUUGGCCCCAUAGGCCCGUGCUUUUCGUACAAGCUCAAAGCCGGUUUCAGACGAUAGAACGGAGCCUGAAGCCGAAUCCAAAAGCCAAAGCCGUGAAUUCGAAAAAGGCCUUAGGCUACAGAUUCCUUACAUGACGUCCGAGCCCAAACAGCGCCCUCACUAAGGUCAAGGGAAGACCCAUCACUAGCAAAAUAAUGUGCCCGGCACGGCACACAGAUUCGCAUUUCCAUUGUUUGGCCUUAGUGAUGGUGGCCUUAGCCAACAAAAGGAGUCUUAUGAAAAUAACUCUUAAUUCUCCCCUUUUUUUGAAACCACUUUCCGGGUCAUUUUCUUGGGACUGAUCUCACUGUGACCCCCUGGGAAUCCCCACUGAGUUCCCCUGGGAUCCCCCUGAGAUCCCCAGGGGAUCCUGGGAUCCCAUGGGGAUCUCCAUGUGAUCUCCCUGGGAUCCCCACUGGGAUCCCCCUAGUCUAAAACCACACAUUAACAACAUUUCGUGACGCCAAGUUUUGCUUAGCGUUCGGGUUUGCCUUAACUAUAGUCAACUUAUGUGUUUUCUGUGCUCUGUAAUGUACGUAACAUUGGUUUAACCUAUUGGUAACUAUUAUAUUCAGCAAUUGCGAAAGCGGCAAAUGCAGUGGCCACAAAUUAAUUAUCAAUAUUAAGUAAAUGUUGUGUAUAAACUUUUUUUUUUGACACAAAUCAGACACUGACUACAUUCCAAUUAAAGUGAACGUUUGUCUGUCAAAGUACA